GUCCGAAAAUUCGAUUUAUUUGCAUUCACGUAUCACAUUCUAUAUUGGCAUAACUUAUGGUACAAGGAACCACCUUGACCGGUUGUUUUACACAUAUACAAGAACGCUGCGUGAUAUUGUCUGUACAGUGUACGAUUAUUUAAUAUUGUUUCACGUAUCACAUCCGGUAUUGUUUAACACGUUUGUAUAUUAUUGCGAUGUCAGCUAUGGUAGACCAAGAUCUAAAAAAGAUUAAAAUUGGAUUUAUUGGUGGUGGAAAUAUGGCCAGUGCCAUAGGCGCUGGUUUAAUUCGAAAAAAUGUAUUAACUCCAGAAAAUGUCUGGAUCUCCAGUCGUACAGACAGGACGCAUAGGUUUUGGAAAGAUUUAGGAGCAAAGCCAACGUUUAGUAACAGCCAAGUCGUAGACAACUGCGAUGUUGUGUUUUUAUCUGUGAAACCGCAAAUACUGGAGGAUGCGCUUGAAACUGUAAAAUCUGCUACGGGCGAAAAGUUCGAAAGUAAGCUCUUUAUCUCGGUUCUCGCUGGUGUACCCCUUGAAGUCUUAUAUGCUAAAAUCAGAUGGAUUGUGAAUUCACCAAGGAUAAUUAGGACCAUGCCAAAUACACCCAUGAUGGUUGGGGAGGGAAUUAUAGUUUAUUGCAGCAACGAAGAUGCUACUUCAAUGGAUUUACAACUGGUAGAUAAGUUAUUCUCUUAUAUCGGUAUGAGUCAAAAUGUUCCAGAGAGUCUUAUGAAUGCUGUUGGUACUCUAUCAGGUUGUGGUCCAGCAUUUGUAUAUCCAAUCAUAGAGGCAUUAGCAGAUGGGGCUGUAAGAAUGGGUGUGCCAAGGCCAAUGGCAACUAAAUUUGCGGCACAAGUGCUGAUAGGUGCUGGUAAAAUGGUACUCGAGACCGGACGACAUCCCGGCCAAUUGAAAGACGAGGUCUGCUCGCCUGGAGGUACCACCAUUACUGGCAUUCACGCUAUAGAAAUAGGCGGAGUCAGAGGAUCUUUCAUGAACGCUAUCGAAGCUGCUGUGAAGAGAUCAAACGAACUAACAGCUCUAUCAUAUAACAAUAACAUGGAUCCAAAAUAAUUUUGGGAUACAUAAUAGAUUAAAUAAACAUUAGUUAUCCAU